AUGUCCAAUGGAUACCGCAUGUCACUUUCCUAUCCGAACCCAUCUUUAGGUCAGAUGGCAGCGAUGGAGAGCAUGGCAGAAGAAGCCGCGCCGAUAACAGCAACUGUUAUCGGCCUACGAAAGCACUCAGUCACUGGGCCUCGGCGAGUGGCUCUUGUCAUAUCUUUACUUAUGGGACUUCUCUUCUCGAGCCUUGACACCUCGAUCGUUUCAACAUCACUAGUCACUAUCUCGCACGACCUAAACGACUUCACCAACGCCCCAUGGAUUGUUCUAGCAUAUCUUCUGACGUAUAUGGGCACGUUUCCCCAAAAUCACGGGCUAGAGGACAAUAUCUGA